AUGUUUAGAAAUAAACAUCAGAGUGGUUUUCUAUCUAUUUUGUUCAGCACUGGAGGAAAGCCACUUGCUAUUUGGGAUAAAAAGGUACAAAAUGGGCACAUUAAGAGGAUGCCAGAUGAAGAAAUCCAAUCGAUGGUUCUCGAAAUUAUGGGAACAAAUUAUGCUACAACAUAUAUCUCAACUCCUGUAGAUCCAUAUAGAACCUUAGGGAUCAGAUUACCAUUUUUGGUAAUGAUUGUGAAAAAUAUGAAGAAGUAUUUUUCUUUUGAUUUAACUAUUUUAGAUGAUAAAGACAUGCAUAGAAGAUUUCGAUUUUCUAAUUCUGAAACAAGGAUACGAGUUGGACUUGUCUACACUUGUAUACCAAUGGAGCUUUCUGAUGGUUGGAAUCAACUUCAGUUUAGUUUGCCCGAUUUGACCAGACGUGCUUAUGGAUCGAAUUAUGUGGAAACAGCUCGCAUGCAGAUUCAUGCCAACAUACGCAUAACAAGGGUUUAUUUCUGCGACCGACUUUAUUCAGAGGAUGAAAAACCUCAAGAAUUGAAGCUAUAUCUCCCUGCACAAGAAACAAAUGAGUCAGCUGCAGAGGAACCAGUAAUACCAAGUCAAGCUGCACCUUCACCUGUCUCGCUACCUGUAGCUGAUAUGGUUGGAAUUCCUGUUGAUAAUCAACCAAAACAAUCUGAAAGGAGUUCUCAUACAUCACAAUAG